AUGUUCGAGGAAAUCUGUCUCGUCUGCGGCAAGCAUCUCUCAGACGACGGCCGCGCCUACUGCAGCGACGACUGCCAGAACACAGACCUCUCCUCGCCUUCAAUAUCCUCAUCCUCCAGCGCACUUUCCUCACCCAGCAUCGGCUACGCAGCAGGCGGCGACGUCCCGCCCCUCAUGCCCUCCGCACUCGGCUCAGCACUCCGCAACUACGCAGGCCGGUCGGGCUACUACGUCUCCUCCUCGGCCUCGUCCACCUCGUGGUCUGUCCUCACGGACGAAGAAGACGAGGGUGCGCAGCACCAGUAUCGCACAGAGCACCCCUUCCACGAUGUCACUGAUCCAGCCUGCGAACUCGCUUCCAAAUCAGCCACUCAGUUCACCCACUCCGCCCUCUCAUACGCACGCAGACCCUCUGGCACAAACAACCAUUCCACCGUGCCCAACCCCCUCGGCCGUAUCUCUUCCACCGGGCGGGGCAUCCCAAAGAGCGCACCCAUCCACUCCCACCUGUCCCAAUACGACGACGAGGCCUUCUCCGACAUCAGCUUCUCCUCUGACGGCCUCGACCUCGACCACGACCUUGACGAGAAGCAGGACAGGGACUACUGGGCCGUUGAAUCCGCCAAACCCAUACCUACAUCCAAGGCGAAACGCACGCGGAACCGCGCCAGCCUCCCCGCGUGCUUCUCCCUGCUCAAGAUGGCGUCUCCGUCUCCGGCGUCCAAAGGGAACAAGCGCUCGUCCCCCGUGUCCUCCGCGGGGAACACCGUCUCACGCCCGUCCCCACCCACGCCAAAGGUCUCUCUAGACGCCUCGACGAUCUCGCAUGCCACGAUCGUCCCGUCCCUGCCCUCCGUGCACGCCACGCCCCGGGGCAGACGCCGCGAGACAGACAAGUCGCGCAGCAGCAGGCGGUCGGGUCACUCCUCGCCGUCCCGCGAGCGCCGCGUGCACACGCCCAACAGCCCGAGUGCGCUGCAGUUCCACCACCCGAACGAGAGCGAGGAGUUUGACUGGGUGGCUGCCGCAGAGCUGCCCAUGCCGAGGAGAGGACGCACAGCGUUGCGCAGGAACAGCUCGCCACCACCACCGCCAAUGACGACGACGACGACGGUGUUCAUGGGCGCGGAGGAUCCUAGCCAGGUUCUCAAUGCCGUGAGACAGGUGCAGGAGGGAGGCGCGAGGACGAACGACCGGUCGCUGUCAGACAGCAGGUCAAGGCCGCGCACGAGGCCGCGGGGGAGGACGAGGGUCGAGGAGCUCGGUGGGGACGUCUCGUUGAUGGACGCACCGGGGUACGGGACGGGGCGCAGUGGGCUCAUCGACCGCGCCGCACACGCACACGCACACGGCCAUGCGCACUCGGUGCGGGUCCCUCUGUAA